AUGCGUCGCUUAUGUUUGCAUCAUCUCAAAGAUCAUCAAAAUAUUCUUUUAAGUGAAGUUAAUGAACUUACUAAUGAAUUCAAACAAGUUAGUGCUAAUUUAAUUAAUGCUUCGAAGACGACGAUUGAAGAGCGUAAGGCUGAUGAAAAGAAAUGCGCGGACUGGCGUAACCAAAAAAUGGCUCAAAUUGAACGAGAAUAUAAUAAAAUAAUCAGUUCUAUAAAAAGUCGUCAAACGAUACUUGAACACUUGGAACUCGAACUUAAUCAACGUUUGAAAGAGAAAGUUCAAGAACCAUUAGAACAUAUAUGUAUACAAGGAAGUAUCAGUCCUCAGAUACUCAAUACUAUUCGAUUAACAAUUGAUACAGUCAAAAGAGAUUGUGCUUGUCUUAUAUGGAAUCCACAGAAGUAA